GGACCCUGGCAUUUCCGCCAUUUCUCCCGCGGAAGGUGGGAGGAGGCGAGAAGUUUCUGCUGUAGUGGAGCCGGUAGGUGAGGAGUGCCGAGUGUCGCCUAGCGGCUACCUUCGUCUGUUUUCACCCUCCAGCCUUUUAACCUGCAUCAACUCCUGAGGGGGGAAGCACUACCAAUGUCCUCGGGAGCAUCUUCAGGUCAAAGAUCAAGAGUUUCUGACAACACUCGUAGGAAUCGAGAAAGAGUGUCUCAAUAUGAUGAGGUUCCUCGAGAAGGACAGGAUUCGCAUCUGUCUCAACAGGAGAAUUUUCUCCCUGUAUCAGGUUCUAAAUCUAUACAAGACUGUAAUUUAGCAGAUAGUGCAGAUCCACUGCCGCCUCCACCUCUGCCUCUGCAGCCACCUGUAGGUCCUGAAUUUUAUUUAGCUGGAAGUGAUGAUCCAGUGACUUCUCUUGAAUUGAAACCAGUGAGACGUUUCAUUCCAGAUUCUGUAAAAAACUUAUUCAAAAAUAAAAGUGAUGAAAACCAGUGGAAUACAGCACCUCCAACCAAUUACAUUAGUGAGGGAGUGGAGUGUUCACCACCUGCAUCCCCCACUCCUUCUUCUAAAGAACAAUCCAGAAUCGAUGAACAGAGAUCAGCUAGUUCUUACAGGGAUCCAUAUGGAGGCUCUGGAGGGAGCUACAACUCUCGGAAGGAAACUGAAGCCAUGCUGCCUCGAGAUCCCUACGAUUCGUUGGAUCGUCAUACCCGCACUGUGCAGAGCUACAGUGAGAAGGUGCAGGUGUACCACAUGAAAUACUCCUACAUGAAGUCGUGGGCUGGUUUACUGAGGAUCUUGGGUGUAGUUCAGUUAUUAUCUGGAGCUGCCGUAUUUGCCUGUGUUUGUGCUUACAUACAUAAGGACAACGAAUGGUAUAAUAUGUUUGGUUACUCACGGCCAUAUAGUCAUGUUGCCAACAGUCUGCAAGGAGGAUAUUAUUAUGAUGGACCUAAAACUCCUUUUGUCAUUGUUGUUGCAGGCAUAGCGUGGGUUGUCACUAUUAUUUUACUUGUACUGGGCAUGUCCAUGUACUACCGGACAAUCUUACUUGAUUCCAACUGGUGGCCGUUGACUGAGUUUGCCAUUAACAUCGUCCUGUUUAUUCUCUUCCUGGCUGCUGCUAUAGUAUAUUUAAAUGACAUGAAUCGUGGCGGGCUUUGUUAUUAUCCUCUCUUCAACACUCCAAUGAAUUCUACAUUUUGCCGUGUAGAAGGAGGACAAAUUGCUGCUGUCAUCUUCCUGUUUGCUACGAUGUUUCUUUAUCUCAUCAGUUCAAUUGUGUGUCUGAAGCUUUGGAGGCACGAGGCAAAGAGGAAACAAAAAGAAUAUGCAGAAUAUGAGAUGAGAAGUACAGAGGCUGGUACAUCAAUGGAACCGAGUGCGUUGGGAGUUAAAGGUGAUAGAUCUAUGGCUGCUGAUACAAACCAGAAAAAAUUGCAACCUGUUGAAAUGAAGCCAACGGUACUAAGUGGAUAUAUUCCUGCAGGGCAUAUUCCAAAACCACUUGUGAUGGCUGACUAUGUAGCUAAAUAUCCUUCUAUUCGAACCCCUGAAGAACGUGAACGUUACAAGGCAGUAUUUAAUGAUCAGCAUGCAGAGUACAAAGAGCUUCAUGCAGAAGUGCAAACUGUUCUGAAAAAGUUCAGUGAAAUGGAUGCCAUGAUGAGUAGACUUCCUCAACAUGCAGAGACCCAACAGGAGUAUGACAGAAUCACAAAAGUUUUCCAUGAAUAUCAGAAGAAAAAAAAUGAUCCCACAUUCCUGGAGAAAAAAGAACGCUGUGAAUAUUUGAAAAACAAACUCUCUCACAUCAAACAGAGAAUUCAAGAAUAUGACAAAGUCAUGAACUGGAAUGCUAACAUGUAGAGAGGUUUUGCAAACCUUUUUUCUGCAUGUUGUUUUUCAUAACUAAAUGACAAAACUUGAUUUAUUGUGCUUUCCAUUGUUAUAUUAAAACAAACACCCUUCUAUUUAAACUUUCCUUGAGACCAAACAUUAGAUUAAGUGGAACAACGAACCAAAGUACAUUGGUUUACACUGUUCCCAAUUUGAAUUAGCCUUUACAUAUAUAUGUUCUAAAUAUUAAAUGUUUGUGCAAAUUUUGGUAUUUAUAAUGUGUACUAGUUAGAAAUAUUUUUAUACAAACUAUUUUGCAUAUGGUAUAAAGUUACCAAGACUUUUCAUUCUUCUAAUGCCUUAUUUGGUCUGUUGAAUUUAUUGAGUUUUGGAUUUUGAGUUUAGCUGAAUAUAUUAAAUGCUGCAACUAAGUCUGCUUUUAAUAACAUACUUAUUGCAUGACUAGAAGAAAAAGAGUAGACUUUGUGCAUAUCUCCAGCUGCCUCCUCAAAGUUGGAUUUUUUCAAAUUCUGCAUUUCUGAUACAGAAUGCUAUAUUUUAUAGCUUCAAUGUUUCACUGAAGAUAGGUCAGAAGUGGUACAAAGUUUCUUUGCAUAGCUGUCUUUUUACUCUAAUCUAACAUUACCAAAUGUAAGCCUUAAAUACUCAAGCUCUGGAGAUGUUGUUGGGAAUAGUCAUGAGGUUGAUUCUUGGAAUCAAAUAAGUGUUUAGGUAAGAUUUGAUGGAAAACAACUGAAAUAAAUGAUCUUGUAGGGGUAUAUAGAUGAAAGAGUGAAGACUAAUCUAGAUAUGCUGGGAGGAAUACUAGAAAAUGAUCAAUAGUCUGAAAUUGCAGAAAGGAAUGUUUGAGCGGAGGUCUGAGGUUGGCCUUCGAGCAAAGCUCCUUAAUGCCUGAAAUGAGCAACUUGGAUUCAUGAAGCAAAAAAUCUUGGACACUCUCAAGUCAGUUAAAUUACAAGAUUAAGGGUUGGAUGGCUCCUCUCAUCAGUAUCUUGUGAUCUUGCUUUUAAAGUUGGUUUCUAUUGUUGCAGUGCAAUUUCCAUAUUCAACUUGUCCAAAUGACUUGACAAGCACUUGAAAUUUUAUAUUCGAGCCUAUUUGUAAGCUUUGAAACAGUUAAAUUCAUUUCUACUGACUUGAGCCACAUCUUUGCAAUUUGUACAUUUUUUUUAUACAGUUGAUGUGAGAUAAAGGGAUUUUUGUAUUUUAGUGAUAUUUUGUUUUUUGCAAGCUAAAUAUUAUAUCUGAUUUUAUUUUGAAUAUAGUUUGAGAAGUUGUGCCUCAGACUUUUGGUGCCUUUUCAACAAAGUGCUCCUUCUAAUGUAUUGAAAAAAUACUGGUAACUGUUUGUUAUUCAUGCCAAACUAACUAAUGUUAACUAAAGUACAAGUUUCCAUAAUAAAGUUUAAAAUUUAUAAGAAUUGUACUGUGACAAACUUGUGUAAAUGGAACAUUUUUAAAUAAUUAUGUGUAACAAUGUAAAUAAAUCUUAGA